CUCCACAUUCCUUCUAUUCCUACCCGAGCGGUAGGUUUGGCUCUCGCGUGCGACCGGUGGCUGUGAAAGGAGGAUCGCAGCUGUGGAAAGUCAGAGAGUUGCUGCAGCCCCCGGAGCUCCCGAAGCAGGAGCGGAGGGAAGCGAACGGCUUGCGGUUCGAGCGAGAAGUGUUGGCGCCCGCUAUUCAAGGACUUGUCAGCUGCAAAGAAAAAUCCUUCUGACUGCCAGAGCAGUACAGGUCAGCAAUACUGUCAUUUUUUCAUGACCCAUGGCAUAUUACCUUACAAGGCUGAAGACCAGACAAACUUACUCAUGGGUUGGCAAGCCAUUAUUGGAUCAAAAACUGCACUACCAAACCUACAAGGAAAUAUGUGUGAAAAUAGAUGGCUGUUCUGACGUUCAUAUCCAGGUUGGACAGUUUGUGUUGAUUGAAGGGGAUGAUGAAGAAAAUCCAUAUGUUGCUAAAUUGAUUGAGUUGUUUGAAGAUGAUGAUGAACCUCGUUCUAAGAAACGUGCUCGAGUACAGUGGUUUGUCCGAUUCUGCGAAAUUCCUGUCUAUAAGCGGCAUUUGUUGGGCCGGAAGCCUGCUGAACAGGAGCUCUUCUGGUACGAUUACCCUGCGUGUGACAGCAACAUUAGUGCCGAGACCAUCAUUGGCCCUGUACAGGUAGUAGCUUUAGCCCCAGAUGAAGUAUUACCUAUGGAUCUGAAAAAUGAGAAGACAUUCUUUGUGAAACUAUCCUGGAAUGAAAAGUCAUUCAAACCACUGUCCCCUGAACUGUUUGCGGAGUUGGACAAACCAAAAGAAGGCAGCCCCAAGUGCCAAAAGCCCAUGGAAGCGAAGACUAAGGGUGUAGAAAGCCCUUCUUCAGCCACAACAGAACAGGUGGUCAAGAGGAUUGAAUUAAGACACUCGGCUUCUAAAUCCCGCCAGACUCCACGUCCUGUCACGCCCACCGCUAGGAAGAGGCUGGAGCUUGGCAGUGUCCCUGGGAUGGCUAACACUAGGAAUUCCCAGCAGCCUUCCUGCGAUUCCUUGGGUUCUCCAGGAAGAACUAAAAAGAAAAUGGCCUCCUCUGAGGUCACCUUGCCUUCUAAGAGGUCUCACCCUGACAGAAUGGACACCUCGUCUCCAACUCUGAGAGGCCCACAGAAAACUGGAAAGGUUCAACUCAUUUGUACCCAGGGUGAGAAUAACAAGGCUUCAUAUGAACGCCACAGAAACCUGAGGACCCGAGUCCCACCUUUGAGAAGCACAGAGAUCAGUGACAAGAGAACACUUUGCCCUAUCGGCGGUGGACAGAAAUCCUCCACGGUGCCUUCUGUGAUUCUGAAACCAGAAACCAUCAAAAAAAGGGAGGCAAAAGAACCAGAAGCCCAGAAUGAAGCUUCCUCCACUUCCCAUCGUGUUCGCAGAAGGAGUUCUCUCUUGACUUUGAAUCGGAUUAGGCAGCAGCUUCGGUUUCUAGAUAAUGGUAAAUGUGACCAAGAAGAGGAAGAGUUCCUGCCAACAGCAGAGAUUUCUGUGUCCAGCAGUGACAGUGAGCAGGAAGAGGUUGCCACACCACCCCUUAGACGGAGAGCACCUAGAAGUGUGUCCAGGAACCUACGAUCUACCUUGAAGUUGUCCUUAGAGACUCCCUCCAAAACACCACAGAAAACACCCAAGCCUAGAACGCCAUUCCGUGCUACCCCUCAGAUCCGCAGCCGCAAGCUGGCCGCCCAGGAGCCAUCCAACGUGCUGGAAGAAGCCCGGCUGAGGCUGCAUGUUUCCACUGUACCUGAGUCUCUGCCCUGUCGGGAGCAGGAAUUCCAAGACAUCUACAGCUUUGUGGAGAGCAAACUCCUCGACCAUACUGGAGGGUGCAUGUACAUCUCUGGGGUCCCUGGGACAGGAAAGACUGCCACUGUGCACGAGGUGAUACGCGGCCUGCAGCGGGCAGCUCUCACAAAUGAUGUUCCUCCGUUUCAAUACGUUGAGGUCAAUGGCAUGAAGCUGACAGAGCCCCACCAGGUGUACGUACAAAUCUUGGAGAAGCUGACAGGCCAAAAGGCAACAGCUAACCAUGCGGCAGAGCUGCUGGCAAAGCGAUUCCGCACCCAAGGGUCCUCUCGGGAAACCACCGUCUUGCUUGUGGAUGAGCUUGACCUUCUGUGGACUCAGAAGCAGGACGUAAUGUACAAUCUGUUUGACUGGCCCACCCACAAGGAGGCCCGACUUGUGGUCCUGACCAUUGCCAACACAAUGGACCUCCCAGAGCGCAUCAUGAUGAACCGGGUGUCCAGCCGACUGGGUCUGACCCGAAUGUCCUUCCAGCCCUACACUCACAGCCAGCUGCAGCAGAUCCUCACGUCUCGACUCAAGCAUUUGAAGGCCUUUGAGGAUGAUGCCAUCCAGCUGGUAGCCAGGAAGGUGGCAGCACUCUCUGGCGAUGCACGGCGCUGCCUGGACAUUUGCAGACGGGCCACAGAGAUCUGUGAGUUCUCCCAGCAGAAGCCCGGCUCCCCUGGCCUGGUCACUGUGGCCCACUUAAUGGAGGCUCUGGAUGAGAUGUUUUCUUCAUCGUACAUCACUGCCAUCAGAAAUUCCUCGGUCCUGGAACAGGGCUUCCUGAGAGCCAUCCUUGCAGAGUUCCGUCGCUCAGGACUGGAGGAGGCAACAUUUCAACAGAUAUACAGUCAGCAUGUGGCCCUGUGCAGAAUGGAGGGACUGCCAUACCCCACCAUGUCGGAAACCAUGGCUGUGUGUUCUCGCCUUGGCUCCUGUCGCCUCCUCCUCAUGGAGUCCAGCAGAAAUGACCUGCUUCUCCGUGUGCGGCUCAAUGUGAGCCAGGAUGAUGUGCUGUAUGCACUGAAAGAAGAGUGAGGGUGCUUUAGAGCAAGGACUAUGGUCUGCCGGUUCUUAAAGUACUUCGUUUCUGGGGCCAGCAUGGUGGUGCGGCAGGUUAAGCUGCCACUGCAAUGCUAGCGUCCUGUAUUGGAGUGCCAGUUCAAAUCCAAGCUGCUGUGCUCUGCUUGGGUUCCUGCCACCCAUGUGGGAAACAACCUGGGUGGGGUUCCAGACUCCUGGUUUCAGCCUGGCCCAGAAAUGGACAUUCUGCUAUUUCGAGAGUGAACCAGCAGAUGGAAGAUCUCUUUAUCUAACUGCCUUUCACAUAAAUAAAAUUUUAAAAAAUUUUUUAAAGAACUUUGUUUUCUUUUUCU